UGUCAGCGAACACAGCACGGAAAUGGCGCAUGCGUAUUACGGCUUGUGGGCAGUAACCGGGAAGUGCAGUCGCAGUUGAAGGUAACGUUUUCUAAGUGCUGAACCUCACUUGUUUGGACUCAAGCUUCGUGAUGGCAGUGGACUGGAUUGGAUUCAGCUAUGCUGCAGCCCUCGCCUUUGGAGGAUUUAUGGGAUACAAGAAAAAAGGCAGUGUGAUGUCCCUGAUGGCUGGUUUAGUUUUUGGUGGAUUAUCUGCUUAUGGAGCAUACAGAAUCUCUAAUGACCCAAAGGACAUCAAGGUCUUAUUGCUGGCCUCAGGAGUCCUCUCAGUCGUGAUGGGAAUGAGAUACAAGAAGUCUGGAAAAUUAAUGCCUGCUGGCAUUAUGUCAGGGUUAAGUUUGUUGAUGGCGUUCCGGCUGUUACUACUCAUCGUGGUGUGAAUGGAGGAACAACACUGACCAGACUGAGGGCUCCCUGUCUCUCAAUGAACAGACCUUGUUUUAAAGGAAACAUCAUUCCCAGUUAGCAUACUAGAACAAGUCUUCUGCUUUGUAUGGUAAAUUUACUUUCAUGUGACCAGAAACCUUGCAAAAGCUACCAGUGGGCGUUUAACAGAUUUAAGAUUAACUAGUAAUCUUAUUGCAGUAAAUCUGUUUUGGUGAUCUUAUAUAAAUCACACUGUUUGUUUGUUGUUGUUGUUGUUUUUUUGUACAUGUGCAUGAACGUGAAUCUCAUGAUUUGUGAUACGUUUUACGUUGUAUUAUUACCACAGGUUUACUCACAGUGUUGGCACCACAGCAGAUGUACGCGAGCUUUGUGGGUGCUAUUGUCUGACUUGGCAGGGGGCUUACUAUAUACACUAUGACAUCAGUUUUACAGGCUGCUAAACUAUCAAGGUUAUUAAGCUGAAAUAUUCAAAUUACUGAAAAAAGGAACAAGUUUAAAGGGAAAAAAUGUGUAUUCUUGACUGCCCAUGUGCUAUGUCUUUGACAUUUGACUUUGAAAAAGAAUAAUAAUGUAAUAAUAGCAAAGCAAAUUAAACUAAUGUGCUUGUUAAAA